AUGUCGGUGGUGCGAAGGAAGUUUGGUGAUGACUACCAGGCAGUGGUGGGAGCGCCAUCCCGUCGGAAGCGGCAGCGCUUUGUGGACAAGAACGGGCGCUGCAAUGUCCAGCAUGGCAACCUGGGCAGCGAAAACAGUCGCUACCUUUCAGACCUCUUCACUACCCUGGUGGACCUCAAGUGGCGCUGGAACCUGCUCAUCUUCUUAUUGACCUACACGGUGGCAUGGCUGGUCAUGGCCUCCAUGUGGUGGGGGAUCGCUUAUCUACGGGGUGACUUAGAUAUGCACCAUAGCCCAAGCCCAGGGCACAGCCCAUGUGUGGCCAAUGUCUACAACUUCCCAUCGGCGUUCCUCUUCUUCAUUGAAACGGAAGCAACCAUUGGCUAUGGGCACCGCUACAUUACUGAGCGCUGCCCAGAGGGCAUUGUGCUUUUCCUGUUCCAGUCAUUGUUGGGCUCUGUGGUGGAUGCCUUCCUCAUCGGAUGCAUGUUCAUCAAGAUGUCCCAGCCCAAGAAACGCGCAGAGACCCUCAUGUUCAGCCGUGCUGCCGUCAUCUCAAAGCGAGACGGAAAGCUCUGCCUCAUGUUCCGGGUGGGCAACCUGCGCAACAGCCACAUGGUCUCAGCCCAGAUCCGUUGCAAGCUCAUCAAGUCCCGACAGACGCCAGAAGGUGAAUUCCUGCCACUCGACCAAUGCGAGCUCGAUGUCGGAUUCGGAACUGGGGCCGACCAACUGUUCCUCGUUUCUCCUCUGACCAUCUGUCAUGAAAUCAAUGAGAAGAGCCCCUUUUUUGCCCUCUCGCAAAGAUCGCUAAGGAGCGAACAGUUUGAGAUCGUCGUUAUCCUGGAAGGGAUUGUCGAAACAACAGGAAUGACCUGCCAAGCCAGGACCUCCUACACAGAAGACGAAGUUCUCUGGGGCCACAGGUUCCUCCCUGUGAUGUCGCUGGAAGAUGGCUUUUUCCGUGUGGAUUAUUCUCAGUUCCAUGGAACUUUUGAAGUCCCAACACCCCCCUACAGUGUGAAAGAACAAGAAGAGAACCUCGCUCUCCCAUCACCUUUGAACACCCCUACCGGGAGCAACAGAAGCAGAAGGGAAAAGAUCUGCUCCCUUGAUUGCCUGGAUAUUUUUGAAGAGAAGAAGAGCAGGCUUCCCAGCAAACUCCAGAAAAUUUGUUCUGGGAGGGUGGAUCUCCAGCGAGGGGUCCUAAGUCUUUGUUCCAGCAAUGUUGAGAAGGCAUGCAGCACUGGAGACCUCCUCAAAAUCCAGCAGAUCAGCUCAGUCUGCAGCACAGAGGACAGGGUGGGCGAAAAGAUGAUGUUGACAGCCUUCAAAACCAGAUCGGAGCUACUGGCUCGGUCCACUGGAAACCUGGAAUUCCAGCAAAGGCCAGCCUUACACACCUUGGGAGUGAGAUUAGAUGAUAACUUGCCUGCCAAGCUACGGAAAAUGAACUCCGGGCACUUGUCCUAA